AUGCAAGAAUCACUGUCCUCUCUUGAGCGAUGUCGAAAGCCUGUGAUCGCCGCGAUUCACGGCGUGUGUGUAGGCGGCGGAGUGGACCUUGCGACGGCGUGCGACGUCCGUUUUGCGAGCGCUGACGCACGAUUCGCUGUGAAAGAGGUCGACUUGGCGAUCACUGCCGACCUCGGCACGUUGCAGCGCCUCCCGCGCCUCGUGGGCUACGGCAACGCCAUGCACCUCGCGCUCACGGCUCGAACAAUCGACGCGGAUGAGGCGCUGCGGCUGGGAUUGGUGCAGGGCGUGUUUCCCUCGCAGCGCGAGCUGAUGGCUCACGUGCAAGGCGUUGCGGAGGCGAUUGCUGGCAAGUCGCCGUUGGCAGUGGUGGGAACGAAGGCCGUGCUGCGACAUGCGCGCGAUCACAGCGUGGCAGAUGGGUUGGAAUUCGUGGCCACGUGGAACUCUGCUAUGCUUCUUUCAGACGAUCUUGCGGCCGCUGUGAAGGCCCUCGGGUCGCGCAAACAGGCGGUGCUAUGGACGUACCUGCGCAGCCCCCUGUGGGUGGCGGGGCUGGUGCUAUGGACGUACCUGCGCAGCCCCCUGUGGGUGGCGGGGCUAAUCGUUGACGUGGGCGGCGGGCUGCUCAUGCUGCAGGCCGUGGCCUCCGCUCCUGUGUCCAUAGUGCAGCCGGUGUCAACGUCCGGCCUGGCCCUCAUGGCGCUCUUCUCGCACCUCUACCUGCACGAGCCCAUGCGCCUCGCCGACUGGACCGGCAUUCUACUCUGCAUCCUCGGCACCGUCGCGGUGGGAGUGUCCUCCGAGGACCCCUUGCCAUCCGCCCCGCCGCCUCAGCUCUCCCUGCGCCAUCUCAUGGCCUUUGUCUUCUGGGUCGUUCUGCUCCUGGUAGUGCUAGAAUGGUGUGCCACAGCAAGCAAGGCCAAGCGAAAGAUCAAGGACCCUCCUCUCCCCUGUGGUGCGCUAGGAGCGGAUGUGGUGGAGGAGCUAGCAGCAGGGACCCAAGCCGGGGCCUUCUUUGGGCUGUCAGCAGCAGCAGUGAAGACAGGCAUGCUGCUGGCCACAGGAGGCCCGCCCGUCUUUGCUCUCCUUGGGAUUGCCGUCGGCGUCAGUCUCAGCAGCUUCGGGUUUUUCUGCCAGACGCGGGGUUUCAAGGAGGGGCGAGCAGUGGUGGUGUCCACAUGUGCGGCUGUAGCAGCCAUGCUCACGGCUGUAGCAGCAGGCAUGGCAGGCCUGGGGGAGGACCUCCCUGCCAGUGCACCCCUGCGCAUGUGGCGCUUCCUCGGCUGGGGCUUGAUUCUCUUUGGGAUUGUACUGCUAGUGGCAGCCAAGCCUCCUGACCUUGUGGGCCUAGCCAAAGCGGACGCAGCCCGCCGCAAACCUCUGCACCCCUCUCCCCGCGCACCCAACCGCUCCACUUCGCCCAGUGGGCUCUCGAUAGGCAUUGCAGCUGGUUUUCCUAGAAACCCCACUCUCUUCCUGCCCCACUCUCUUCCUGCCCCACUCUCUUCCUGCCCCACUCUCUUCCUGCCCCACUCUCUUCCUGCCCCACUCUCUUCCUGCCCCACUCUCUUCCUGCCCCACUCUCUUCCUGCCCCACUCUCUUCCUGCCCCACUCUCUUCCUGCCCCUCUCUCUUCCUGCCCCUCUCUCUUCCUGCCCCUCUCUCUUCCUGCCCCUCUCUCUUCCUGCCUCUCUCGGCCCAUCCGCGCUCCCCCGUUCCCCCCCUGCGCCGAAAAUGCUGCUGGUGGGCGACUCCAUGAUGUCCAACUUCCAUGAGGCGCUGCUGUGCGCCAUUCACACGGGCGGGUUCAGCGGCCAGCCGUACACGGUGGACAUCGGCAUGUCGAGCGGCAUCAAGGGCAUGCGCUUCCCGGCCUUCUCCUUCUCCCUCGAGUACUACAACUCGCAGUACAUCGUCUACUCCAAGCGCCAGACCACCGUCUCCGCCAAGCGCGGCGGCCACGCAUUCGAAGUCAAUGUUGAUAAGAUGGACCCGGGGUUGGAGUCCGUUCUUGGGAAGUACGACGUUGUGGUCUUUGCCUCAGGGGUCUGGUGGCUGCAGAACGUCCCGCGCCGCACGCAGCCAAAUAUUUUCCUCGUGAACGGGCAGGAGCGGAACCUUUCGAAUAUUGCCGCGCACCAAUGGGGGCUCUCCACCGUGGUCAACUCCAUCAAAAACUCGAAUUUCCGCGGCGUGCCAAUGUUUCUCUCGUUCUCGCCGAACCACUCAGGUGCAAAAGGGAAUCCGCAGAAAGGAGUGAUGCUUGGGAGGGGGACCCAUGCAGGCUGGGUUGGGGCCUGUGGAGCCUGGUAUCCCAUCAGCAGCACGAAAAAGUACUCAUAUUCUGUCGAUACUGCGAACGAGUACAGGGAUGCGCAGAAGUCUACACUCUCUGGUACACCCAUUCGGUUUAUCCAGCUAACUGAUUUGAGUUCGGUGCGACCCGAUGGGCACUUAGGCCCUUGGCACGAGCAGAGGGAGAACAAGGGCAGCAAGUCUCCUGGAGGGCAAGGGGAAUCGCCGUUCAGUGGGGACUGUACGCACUGGUGCUUGCCGGGGGUUCCCGACACUUGGGUUGAUAUGCUCUACACCCACCUGCUCCUGGAGCCAUCGAUCUUCUAG